UGUAGCAGCGUGUAGUGACUGUAGCUGAGGCGCGGCAGUGGGCUGGUCUACAGAGGGAUGCUCUCUCUCUUUCCCUCUCUCUCUACCUCCUACAUGACUAAACCCUUUAGUGGUGAACCAUUAACGGGAAAAAUCCCGGUUCUCGUCAGAGGAAGGAAGACAGGGGAUUAGCUUCAUCGCCUGUUUUUUUUUUUUGUUUUCUUCUCGUCGUUCUCUCGGCUGCAGGUGGGGCUGGGAUACACACAUACAAAGGCCAAAGCGGAGAGGAUGCUGUAAGCUGUGUGUUCCGGCUCCACCCUGCAUCCCCCUCUCUCUCUCUCUCUCUCUCUAUCUCUCUCUCUCUCUCUUUCUCUCUUGUGCCUGCCCUCUGUCUGUGAACAAAGAUGAGCAAGUCCCCGACUCCUAAAGGGACACCGGUGCAGCACAGCCCGGUGGAUGGCGAGUGUGUGGUGAUGGAUGCGGUCCAGUCUCCGCCUCAGCAGGUCACUCCAACCAGUGGCUCAAAGAACCGUAUCUCCAGCCUUCUGCAGAGCCCUUCCUUUCGUGAGGAGCUGGACAUGCUGAUUCAGGAGCAGGUGAAGAAGGGUGGGAGCUCGUCCAGUCUGUGGGCUCUCAGGCAGAUCGCUGACUUCAUGGCCUCUCACGGCUCUCCUGCUGCACUGCCCUCCUCUAUGACCAUGGUAACCCCCAUUAAUGACCUGCAUGGAUGGGAUGGCGUUGCCAUGGUGAAGGGGGAACGGCUGAUGCGCUGUAAGCUAGCGAGUGUUCACCGUCUGUUCGAUCUGUACGGCUGGACUCAGCUCACUACCACCCGGCUCACGAUGCGUAUCAGUAAAGAGCAUGAGCACUUCCUGGUUCUACCUGACGGUCUGAUCUACGGCGAGGUCACCGCCUCUAACCUGGUGAAGGUGAAUAUCCUGGGCGAUGUGAUCGAGCAGGGCAGCACUACAUUAGGAGUGGACGUCUCCGCCUUCAGCCUCCACUCGGCCAUUUACUCCGCCCGACCCGACGUCCGCUGCCUGCUACACCUCCACACCCCCGCUACAGCUGCUGUGUCAGCCAUGAAGUGCGGCCUCCUGCCGCUGUCCCAUGAGGCUUUGCUGGUGGGCGAGGUGGCUUAUUACGACUACAAUGGCGUGAUGGAGGAGGAGGAGGACAGAGUGGACCUGCAGAAGAGUCUCGGGCCGACGUGCAAGGUUCUGGUCCUGAGGAACCACGGCUUCGUGGCUCUGGGAGAAUCAGUGGAGGAGGCCUUCUACACCAUCUACCACAUCCAGACCGCCUGUCAGAUACAGGUUUCGGCUCUGUGCUGCGCUGGAGGAGAGGAGAACCUCAUCAUGCUGGACCGGAACGUGCACAGACCCAACCCUGCCGGCACCGUUGGCUGGGCCGGAUCCACCUUCGGACCCAUGCACAAGACCCGACUCGGAGAGCACGAGUUCGAGGCACUCAUGAGGACACUCGAUAACCUGGGAUACCGUACCGGAUACGCCUACCGCUUCCCCGUCCUCCUGGAGCGCUCCAGGACACGCAGAGAGGUGGAGGUUCCCGCCACCGUCACCUCCUUCAGCUUCGACGACGAGGGCAAACGGGUGCAAGUGCGGCUUCAACCUCACGCCCACAAACAGCAGCUGGAGAAAACAAGAUGGCUGAACACACCUAACACUUACCAGAAGGUCAACCAGGACCAGGCGAGCCCCGGACACCGCACCACGUGGCUGCGGACGGACGAAGUGAUCCAAAGCGGUGGCACGGCCAUCAAGAUCGAAAACCCCAACCAGUUUGUUCCUCUCUUCACCAACCCACAGGAGGUUCUGGAGACCAGAAACAAGAUCCGAGAGCAGAACCGUCAGGACAUGAAGACAGCAGGACCGCAGUCUCAGUUAUUAGCCGGUGUGAUCACAGAGAACAGCCCACCGUCUCCAGAAAUACUGGAGCCCCCUUCCACCCCCGAGCCGGAACCACCGAACCCGUUCAACGAGCUGACGGAUCAGGCGCUGGAGGAAUACCGCAAAGAAGUCCAGCGCAAGCAGGAGGCAGUGGACGAUGGGGAGGAGGUGAUGAACGAUACAGGGACUCCUCCCCCUGCUUCCUCUCCCACAAAAGUCCCCUCCCCCAUCAAACCACCUGCCUCAGAGACGGACGGGAAAACCACGGACGCCGUCCCGAAUGGGAAAGAGGAGGAGGGCGAGAAGCAGCAGGAAGAGCUGGAGAAAGGAUUGAAGGCUCUCUCCACCAGCGACACGUCAGAAAGCUCAGUGGUCCCGCCCACCGCCCCGCCCACCAAGCCUGCAGGCACCACCCCCGAGGGAUCUCCCUCUAAAUCGCCAUUCAAGAAGAAGAAGAAGUUCAAAGCUCCAUCCUUCCUGAAGAAGAGCAAGAAGCAGAAGGAGAAGGCUGAGACUUGAGAUCUCUCUCUCACACACACACACACACGCACACACACGUCCGCUGUUACACUAACACCCGAUUAACACUCAGUGUGUAUCCAUCUGUUUUAUCCAUAAAACAUUUUUGUUUUAUAACAAAGCUAAUUCUCAUCAUGACCUGACUCAAACCCCCAGAAUAAAGAAAGCUCCGGAAGUGAGCUCUCUUCACACACGCCUUUUUAACCUCACGCUCAUGUUACACUCAAGCACGCGCACGUUAUAGACGAGAACGCGGCAUGAAGUCGGCACUCCGUCGAUCCUGAUCGUUCGCACAUGCACCUUCUAUCAUGUGUUCAUCUUCACCCUGACUCUGAUCUGGCUUCCCAUUCAGCUUUCACCUGAGAAAUACAUAAAUAAAAAAUAUUAAAAAAAUAAAAAAUAUCAAUCAUACACCAAAUAAACAUGACUUUGGCUUUAAAAAAAAAAAAGCCGACUUUUAAACAGCACUCAAGACAUUCCACUUCCUGAAUCUUAUUUUCUAUAAUUAAUGAUUUUUCUUUUUUCGCAGUUGUAAUUAUUUUUAACUCUUAUUUUAAUCGCCUUUCUGUGUGUAUAUGUGCUGGUCUGAAUCCACGUCAUGUUAAAGUGAUAGCCGAAACUGGAGGUUGUAUCGGUCAUUAAAAAUCAUUGACAAGAA